AUGCUUGUGCAGGAGUCUGAGCUGUAUCUGUACCACUUGACAUUGAAGCGACAGUCCAAUUAUGUUCAUUCAUGCAUCGGUCACUUUGUAGAGGAGAAAAGUUCAGACAAGACUAAGCGGCCAAAGGAUUUGCAGCUUUGCAUCGCGACAGAGACUCACAUUGAGCUCUAUGACGUAGCUGACGGCGCUCUUUUGAAAUUGGCUGAGGUUCCCAUUUUUGCUACAAUAACAGCUAUGGAGUCUUUUCGUGUGGAAAACGUCAGGGAAUCGUUUCUGGCAAUGGUGUCCGAUUCCGGGAAUCUGACUAUAGCUAAAUUCAAUAGACGAUCAAAUGUCGAUAUUUCUUUGGAAACGUUGAUCAACCAUCCAAUGACAAGAUCACAGAUACGAAGAACGUCGCCAGCUUCGUUUUUAAAGGUCGAUACUUUCGGAAGAUGCAUUUUAGUGUCAGCUGUGGAAAAAAACAAGCUUUGUUUUGUGGUCAACGAGGGCGGCGAUGGAUCUGUGAUGAUACAGUCGCCGCUGGAGGUGAUUAGACCCGAGGUUCUGACUCUGGAUUUGGUAUCAUGCGAUGUGCAAUAUGACAACCCGUGUUUCGCCUCAAUCGAGAUAGAUACUUUGCAAAAUAAAAACGAUCAUCACCUGGUGUUUUAUGUUCUGGAUUUGGGUUUAAAUUUUGUUGUGAAGAAAGCGGACUAUACCAUAAAUGGAGAAGCCAAUUUUCUGAUGGGAUUGCCCGUUUUGUCCAAGUAUAACAUCAACUGUGCCAACGAAAAGGAUGCACACGACGAGAUCAACCCAUUUGUGCUUAUAGGAUUCCAGGACUACCUUUUAGUUAAAGACAUGAGCGGGCUCUUUAGCUUGAAAGUUCAAAUCCCUAAACGGGCCGAAGAAAGCAGCCAAAAAGUUUCGAUAAUUUCAUCUGCUAUACAAAUGCUCAAGAAUAGCUUCUUCAUUCUUUUACAGUCAAACUUAGGUGACUUGUACCGACUGACCAUUGAAGCGAAUGAAGAGGACAGAAACAGACCCGUUGUCUCAAUCUCUUACUUCGACACAAUAUUUCAGGCAGAAAAGCUGCAUAUCUUCAGAAAUGGGUAUCUUUAUGCUAAUUCAGAGCUGAAUGACAACUAUUUAUUUCAAUUCGACAGCCUGGGUGAUGACAAUACUGAGAUUUUAAGCUCGCGCGAUCCCAAGGAACAAUUAUUCUUCAAGCCAUCGAAGACUUUAAAGAAUAUCAGCAUUGUAUCGCAUAGAAAAAAUCUCAAUCCAUUGCUGACCACUCAAGUACUCAAAGCCCACCCACUUAUGAUAGCAGCUGGCACAACCUCGAAAUCGAGGCUAUUAUCAAACGGUGUAAACUUCGAAGAACAAAUCUCGUCCCCCUUGCCGCCGGGGGCUCAGGAUCUAUGGACGAUAAAACCAUCUGGUCAGUCCUUUCACAAAUUGCUGUUUUUGGGUUUUUCGAAGUCGACUAUGGUAUUGAAAAUCGAUGAAGGAUCCAUCGAGGAAUUGAGCAUACCUCAGAAUCCAUUCAAGCUAAACGGAGAUCGGACAGUUUUAGUAGCGACAUUGGGUUAUCGAUCAACCAUUCAGGUGUGCGAAAAUGAACUUCGACAGGUCGUGCCUAGCGGCGAUGAGAUGAACCAAUUUUCUUUAAAACUGGAGUGGUUUCCUCCCGCGGGAAUUCGUAUUGUGACAGCAACUAGUUCCGAAACGCAACUUUGCCUAGGUUUAUCUAACAAUGAGCUUGUUUACUUUGAGAUAAGCGAGCAGACUGACGCUCUACAUGAAUCACAGAACAGAAUAGAAAUUGAGGAGCCCAUAAGCAUCGUGGCGAUGAGCGCUUCGCGACGAAGCGACUUUCUGGCUGUUGGUACGAAGGACUCUACUGUAGAAAUUGUCUCUUUGAAAAUGUCAGACACGGAAGAAUUUAUGGAAGUUGUUUCGAUACAGACGCUGCUUGCGCCAGUCAAUAGCCUGCGGGUUAUAGAGAAUAAGGACUUAGAACUGCAUAUUGGAUUACAAAAUGGUGUCUACUAUCGUUCAAAAAUAAAUAGGCAUGAUGGGCAAAUUUACGACGUCAGAACGAAAUUCAUAGGACCCAAGCCAAUUGUCCUCUCGUCUCUUAAGUCUACAUCGCUCAGUUUGACUUCAGAUAAAGAGGAUGAUGAGGAAGAAAACGCAGAAGGGAACGAGGACAGCACUGAUGAUAAAUGCCAUUGUGUAGUACUUCACUGUACAAAGACCUGGAUUAGUUACACCAAAAACAAGCUACUCAAUAUUCGUCCGGUGCUUUUCUCCCGCCUAAGUGGCCUAUCGACUCUAUGUGAAUUUGUUGCUGAGGAGACCAGUAUUAAUGUUUGCUGUGCAAUCAGCUCGUCGGGCUCUCUAGUGAUUGGAAGAUUGACCGAUUUUGUUUGCAGACAGAAAUGGUUUCAAGUAACAGACACUCCCUUGGAAAGGAUUUUAGGCAAGGAAGCUGAUAAAGAGAGCGAUAGCACUAAGGGUGGAGACGAAGUGGAGGGAGAUGAAGAGGACGAGAACGAGGAAGAGGAGGAAGAAGAAAGCCUCACGCUACAAUGGCAUACAUAUGACAGGACCAAGUUUCUAGCAUUUCCUGAGGAUAGGGGACUUUUCCUGCAGCUCGAGAGCUCAAGUACACAAAAUGGAGCUCGAAUAAGUAUAAGCAAGAACCAGCAGCGAUAUCAAAGCGCCCAAGGUUGUGAAAUUUUCAAGACUCUACCGAAUAUCAAUGUCUUGGCGGCAUCAUUAGUCAAAUUUGCAAGCAAUGUCGAUCAUCUUGUGAUAUCAUCCAGAGAUGGAGUACUUCACACGUUUGAAAUCUCGCUUGAUAAAGGCAAAUGCCAAUUUAAUUUGAGAGCGAUUCAUGAAACCGUGAUAGAAGGCCAAGUGCGUGCUAUGAUUCCUUUCGCUGAUAAGCUAUUAGUUCCUGCUUUCGGCAGUCUAAUUUUGUUCGGAUUAGGUAAAAAGCAGUUGUUGAAACAAUCCAUCUCGGAAACUACUCUCUCGAUGACCAAAGUCACCGCUCUUGCAAACUGGCGAAAUGAACGGAUUGCAGUCGGAGACGGCCAUGAAUCUGUGACUCUCUUCGUCUUUGAUAAAACAAAGAAGUCUUUUGUUCCCAUUGCCGAUGACACCAUUAAAAGACAUACUAUAUCUCUAGCUUUUCUCGAUCCUUCGACAAUAUUGGGCGGCGACAGGUUUGGUAACAUAUGGACCUUGAGAUUGAGCAAGGAAUAUGAAGGCAUGAUAUCAACAUCUCUUCCACCUGUGGUCGAAAGAAUGCAACAGCUACCGUCUUUGAAGAGGAAAGCUCCUAAUAUUAUGGAGUGUCCUUUCAAGCUUACUCAAACUAACAUGUUCUACAUUAACGAUAUAGCGAUGGAUUUUCACGUUUUACAAUCUGUUCAGAUGUCUGAUAGGCCAGCCAUAAUAUACUCCGGAUUACAGGGAACUAUAGGCUGUCUGACUCCGUUGCUAUCCAAGGCAGAAAUAACUAAGUUGAAGACCAUCGAAACCGUUAUGAGUGAAGCUGAUGACAAAUUUUACAUGAAGCACGAGAUUGAGAGGCGAGGAAAUGAGGCACCUACAGCUGUGGAAGACGCCGAGAUUGGAGCUCUGCGUGCAAGUCACAACGGCAUCCCUGAGGGUUCAAAUUCCAUCGUUGGCAGGGAACAAUCAAGAUACAGAGGCUAUUAUGCACCGGUAAGAAACGUGAUUGACGGUGACCUCUGCGAGAGAUUUCUAGAUCUUCUCCCGGCAGAACAGAGCUUCCUCUGUGCCGAAUUAAAGACUCUACAGCCUGAUGCUGUGGUCCGGAGUCUAAACGACAUUAGGACUAACUAUAUGUAA